GCUCAGUGCAGAGUGAAGUAUAUAUAAGUGUGCGCAGUAAAGUGACAAACUGGGCGUAGUGAAGUAUAUAUAUAAGUGUGAAGAAGUACCAAGGAGGACCUAAAAGAAGCGGAACAGCUCAAAAGAAGAAGAAGAGGAAGAAGAAGAUUGGCAGCAGUGGGGGGAGGAGUCUGCCCGUCAGCUGGGAGUGGACGCUUCUAAGGUCACCAACUAUAGCGAGUGUUGCGGCUAUUGGGUUGUUUGGCUCUCAUAAUCGGUGACUAGUUCGGACACGCUCUUUGCAGGACUUAGAAAAGGAAGUGGUAGGUGAAAGUGUGCCUGCCGCGUGUGAGUGCAACAACGUGUGGCCUUGGCGGAGGCUGGACGCGAGAUAAACAAAGAUCAGCUGAGCCGCCACUUGACACCCACUGCUCCUGCUGGAUUUAAAGAAACUCUCGCUCCAUGCUGCGGUUUUAAGAAUGUAUACGUGAUGCAUAAAGCGUUCAUGAAAUCUCACCCAUCUAUAGAUCAACCCGCAUUCAGAAAUUUAAUUCCAAAGAGGUUCAAGCGCUUGCCAUGUUUUGUUGGCUGAUGAAUAAUCACGUGAAUUUAUAUGGAAAAUAUGUGCGUUGAUCUUAGCAUGUUGGAGUGACCCAGUGAAAAUGAAGGUAUCAGGAAAAAUUAGUGAAUUGUCGAGCUGUUCCAUUCGAUACUUGGAACUGCGGACGUACCAUUCAGCACGGCCUGACUGGUGUCCCUCUGUCGCCUCCUCCUCCUUCCUGUCCCAGAGACUGAACGCAUCCAGAAACCUUUACAGCAAGGAUCUGUAUGCACACUAUGGCUGUGUCAAUGCAAUUGAGUUUUCCAAUGAAGGAGAUCUACUUGUAUCUGGUGGUGAUGACCGUCGAGUCCUGCUGUGGAAUGUGGAUGGUGCCUUGUCUGGGAGUCACUCUCCACGCAUCAUGAAGGGGGAACACAAUAGCAACAUCUUCUGCCUCAGUUUUGAUUCAAGCAAUACAAGAAUAUUUUCAGCUGGAAAUGAUGAACAAGUUAUUGUACAUGACUUGAAAACGGGUGAAACAUUAGAUGUGUUUCUGCAUCGUGAGGCUGUAUAUGGUGUGUCUGUGAGCCCUACCAGUGAUUCUGUGUUUGCCAGUGCUGGAGAAGAUGGACGAGUUCUUCUUUAUGAUAUGAGAGAACCUGCUGCCACAGAUCCUGUGUGCCUGGCUGCGUACUAUGAUGCCUUCCAUGCUGUACAGUUCCAUCCAGUAGAGCCGUUAUUAGUCACUGCCAAUUCCCGAAAAGGAGUCUCCUUGUGGGAUAUUCGUCAGCCCAGGAUACCUGUUAUACGCUAUGGGGAGAAACAUUGUGCACAAGCUUCCAUAUGUGCCAGAUUCAACAGGAAUGGCAGCCAAAUUAUUGCACUAAGGAGGAGGCUACCACCUGUUUUGUAUGACACACACAGCUCAAAACCUGUCUGCCAGUUUGAUGCUGAACAUUACUACAAUUCAUGCACCAUGAAAAGCUGUUGUUUUGCUGGUGACAAUGACCAGUUUGUACUCUCUGGCUCAGAUGACUUCAACCUCUACAUGUGGAAGAUACCAGAGAGCAACAGUGGAAAAAAUUUUGUGUCUGAAGCUCACAUGGUGCUAAAAGGUCAUCGCUCCAUUGUCAAUGAAGUGAGAUUCAAUCCACAAAACUUCAUCAUUGCAUCUUCAGGAGUUGAGAAAAUAGUAAAGCUUUGGAGUGGGUUGUCUCUUCCCGGAUCCAAAGGCAACUUGAGAACAAACUCAUCGGGAAAUUUUAUGACCAGAAGAGUGUACACCCAUGAUGAAUACAUUGGACUUGUCAUGGAAAGUGGCCAGGUAGUUGGGGAUGUGAAUCAUGAUUAUAGUCAUGGUAGCAUGGAUGAGGAUCCUCGCAUGAUGGCCUUCUUCGACUCCCUAGUGCAGCGUGAAGUUGAAGGAUGGACAUCAAACACUGACCUUUCAGAUGACAUAGACAAUGAUGCACAAGGCUCAGGCAAUGAUGAUGACACAGAGACCACCACCACCACCACACAGUCGUCCUUUUCACGUGCAACAUCACAGUCAGAUGAUAAUGAUUCUGAUGACGAAACGAAUGGAGGACCAGGUCAGGAGAGCUCUGAUGAACAGCAAGCAACCCGACAGAAGUUAAAUCAACUUCAGAGACAACACACCAACAAUGGCUCACCAAAAAAUGAUAAUGAUGAUGAUGAUGAUGAUGAAGAUGAAGAAAGAGAUAAAGCUUCUGGAGGAAGUGAAUGGAUUAUGCACCUGAUUGCCAAGAAACGAGCUAAGCUGAGAAUUGCAAAGCGGGCAAAAAGGAAAAGGAAGCACCUUCGCAGACAUCACAAGAAAACUCAACAUCUUCUUCGCUCCUUUACUACUCAAAGAAGAUAUCUAUAUCACCCAGAAGGCCAAAACUCUAGUGAGGAACGCCCACUUCAAAGGGAACUCCCUGGCGCUGUGACAGAAAGUGGAGGAACCUUUCGCCAACGCAUGUCAUAUCGUAGGAGAUACAUGGCUCCAUAUACCAUCAUGGUGGUUCAUAACACAGAACAAGACUCUGAACCAGAAUCUGAUGAACAAGAAAAUGCUAAUGCUAGUGAUACUGAAAAUAAUCACACCACAGAACAGCAGACUAGAGAUGACAGUGACAAAGUUGACAAUGCGAAACGUUUGCUUUGGUCUUCGGAUAGCGAAAGUAGCACAGACAGUGGUCUGUGUCCUCCAAAACGAAAACGAACUACUUUGAGUGACAGUGACAGUGAUGUGAAUGACCAGAUGGAAAGAAGUAAUGGACAUAUUAUAUCUGAAAUAAUAGAUUCUAGUGAUUCUGAAACAGAAAAAUCUGUUGUUGAAACAACUGAAGUUCAGCCAAGAAAUAUGAAUAGUGAAGGCAGCAGUAGUACAUCAUCUUGUCUUCCAAAUAUUCUAAAUGACAACACACUAUCAGAAGAUAGUUUUGGUGAUAGUAAUGGAAUGUGUGACAUCAACAGUGAGCUUAGCAUUAGUACUGCUAGUAAUGCCAUCCCAAUCAGUAGUAUUUCGUGUGAUGAAAAUGGCUCUCUCUUAUUUGAAACUGAAAACCAUUCACUUGUCUCGGGCAUUGAUCUUCCAAGCACUAUUGACAUACCAACUACCAAUGCUGCCAGAAAAUUCAUGCAGAAUGGUUCAAAUCAAUCAAUUAAUGGAACAUUUUUGGAGAACACACAUGAUUGUGUAAAUAUAGAUUUUUCUAAUGAAAAUGAAAAAAAUGAAAAUAGUCCAAAUAGACAAAAUACUGAGGAUAAUGUGGCAAAUAACUCAGAGAACUCAAGCACAAGAGGUCAGUCUUUUAAAUUCAAAAAGCGAAUGUCUGCUCUUAAUGUUAGAAAUUACCGAAGACAUUCUGAAGAUGAUCUUUGAAGGCAGUUGCCGUUUUCUUAAAGUUUCAGAAUUUUGCAGCCUUAUGGAAUAGGCCUUAUUUAUUUAUCAUUUUUAUUUAAACAGCUUUGAUACAACCAGCAAUGCCUAAUAACUAAAAUUUGCUUUUUGCAAUGAGUUUUACAGAUGAAUGAAGUAAGUUGUAAGUAAUUAACAUAUUUCCCAGUAUCGAAGAUGUUGCAUCAUUGUAGAGGCACGAUAUUGAAAUGCAGUUUUAAGAAUUCAUUAAGAAUCUGUGCUUAAUAUAAGCAGUUAUUUAUUAUGCUUGCAUACACUCACCUUUCAGCAUCAUUAAUGCUACUGUUCCAAAUCCUUAGCUGCAUCUUUUACACACACACACACACACACACGUGCACUCACAUUCUCACUUACUCAUUCAUUCACUUAUUCACUCACUCACUCACUCUGUUUUACAUUGACUUAUGUUCUCGAAAAUUUUAUGCAAAUCAGAUUUUGCAACAACUUUGUUUAACAUUCCCAUAAUGAAGUGUAUGGUGCACAACAGGAUCUAGCUAGCUGCCUUUUACUUUUUAUGGUAGCUGUUUCGUCUCCCAAAUUGGAAUCCACUAUAGUCCAAUCGCUAAGGCCUCUUUCACAGUUUCACACGUGGACACUUAGCAGUGCUGCCGCUGGUAAAUAAUGGAGGUGAAUAGAGGCUUUCACACGCAGACAUGAUCACAAAAAGUAUCGCUGCAGUCAGAUUUGAUUGGUUGGGUUCGCCGCCGGUGGCGGACACAAAAAGUAGUGCUGCUCGUCACGAUAUGUGGCAUUCGAUGGGACCUUUCACACGUAGCUGCAGCCGUGCCACUUUUUUUUAGCAGCGCGUGCAUGGUUUGACUGCAGUGCUGCUCAGUUUUAGCAGCGCUGCUAAUUUGACACUCCCCCCUCCCCUCCAACACUCCCUGGAAAGAUCAGCAGCACUGCUAAAAUUGAGUCACGCGUGAGUAGUGCUGCUGCAGCGCUGCUGAGAAGGGCUGGUAAGUGUCCCUGUGUGAAAGGAGCAUAAUUUUAGCAGCACUGCUAAAUGUCCCCUUGUGAAAGGGGCCUAAGCUGGAUCCCUAGCUCCUAGCAGAGUAAGGAAGGAAGCUUCUCAUUGGUUACUGGCAGGAAGGGUGCCUAUGUUUCUGUCGCCAGCAUCUGGAGAAGGAUAAUGCAAAGUUCAUGUGCUCCUGAACUAAAACCAGUAGCAUCUGGUGAAAGAUAAUGUAAAGUUCAUGUGCUUCUAACUGAACCAGUAAACCUCAAGAGAACAACUCUGAAGCAGCAUUGCAUCCCAAAAGGAGUAGUAACAUAGUUUGCCAUAAAAUGUUUGAGAUAAGUACAUAGAAGCAUGUUGCACAUCAGAUGUGAUAAACUGAUAAUACUGACAAAACUAAAGAAAUCCUUUGUACUAUUUUGCUCAAAACCAAUAGUACUUGUAUGUACAAUAACACUACUUAGCUUGUGCAAAAGCAGUGCUAUGCACACAAGUAGAGCUGUAAAUAAUGGUAAAGUGAGGGUGCAUUAUUGCAAGUUUGCAUAAAAUGCAAACAGAUUUCAUAUUUAUGGGUUAUAUACAGUCUCCAUACUCUAUAAAAAUGCAUAAUAAUAUGCAUUGCCCAUAACCCAAGUUUAUCACCAUUUACACAAAUAUUGCAAAACUACUAAGCCUAUCUAAUGUAUGCACAGAGCUCUAAAUCAUCAUCAGAUGUAUAGUGCUGUACUACUAAAAGCAGGAAAAUAAAAGAAUAAUGAAACAUUUAAUCAGUAAAGUAAUAUAGCACCCAGCCUGAUUACUUUUCUCAGUUUUGUCAGCUUUAUAAUGCUUGGUGUGCUGCUAAAAGAGAGAGCAGCCCAUGGCCUUCAGAUUCAAAAUACCUGAGCUAGAGUUUAGUUCAGGAAGAGGCAGCAAGCACAGACAGAGAAAAAGAUAAAUGGAAAUACUACUUACAAAAUCUUACACCAGCUAGACAAAGAAAAGGGUGUUGUGGGACAGAAAGAAAAAGAAUAUUCUUACCUAAAUCUUAUCACAUCAAUUCCCUUUCUGAAAAUUUCUGUCUUCCUUUCUUUUCUUGUGUAGCAGGGAUGAUUGAAAUGAAGAUAAGGAUCAUUGAAGGGGUAGCAGUCAAAUUUUAUUCCCUCUACCUUUCUUCCUCCUAGACCAUGCUCCCAACACCCCUCUUCUGCCUAUUAUUAUUUAUUUUUAGAGGGGUGAGAAAAAUUUACAUGAUAGAUAAAUCAAAUAAAAUACUGAUGUCCUGGGUCCCUCUGGGAACUCCCCUUGAGGGGUAUCAACCCUAUCACUCAAUGAAUUACACUUUGUCAGUUUAUCUAAUUGCUCUGUCAAACCUUUCAUAUACUUUCUCUGAAACACUCCAACUUUUUCUCCUGCUGCAUUCAUCCCUAUUUCCUUUCUCCUUGUAUAGGGGCACAAUUUAAGCAUUCAUCACCUCCUCUCACACUACCCCCUUUGCAAGUUAGUUUAGUUUGCUUGACCCUCUCUUUGCUGCAGCCCCCUGCUAAUGUAAACAUUGUUCCCAUGCAUUACAGCAGUUCCAUUUUCCCAUGCCUCACAUGAGGUUAUCUUACAAGACCACUCUUCCUCACUUGCUGACGGUGUGUCUGCACUAAUAAUAACAUGCGCUAGUUUCACUGUCCUCCACCUCUGUUUCAGGGUCAUUCUCUGAGUCAUACUCAUAUGGAGAGUCUUCUAAAAAAUUCACUAUCUGUCUCAUAGUUAUAAUCUUCAUCACUGCUGUCUGAGGGAGGAAACUCCACUAUCUCCAUUUAGUAGCGAAACAUUAGUUACUCCAGUUGUGGGAAGGUUUUGGUUAAUAGUAUUAUCCUACUUCUGCAUGAGAAAUCAACUCCGUAAUUGAUUAGCUACUGGGUGUGACUUAACGACAGAUGGGUGGCGGUAUGUAACAGUUCUCGCGUUUUUUAUGUUUCUCGAGAAUGUUGUCACCACAUGGGGUCUAAAAAGCCAAGAUUCACACUCACGAGUUGACCAAACACAUCAAUGUAUUAGCAUGGUACUUGUGUACCACAUUCAUUUUGCUUGGUAUCAUGAGGUCGCUCGUACACUGUUACAGUUGAACUGAAAAAGGAGAUAAUUUCUAAAAGUGAGUAAGGUAUGGCUAAAUCAACAACAAAGGAAAGAAACCACAGCAUACCACAAUCAAAGUUACCUAAGGUUCUCAUGGAAGGUGAAUCCCAUUCCAAACUUCAGCCUCACUCCUCCAUCCUUUCUUUCCUGCAACUUCCAGUUGUGCCAGUAGACUCAACUUCAUAAAUGAAAAGUUCUAGUUUCCCAGUGGUCAAUUAAUAUUUUUCUUUCAGAAAUUAUAUUCAUUACAUGACAUUGUUUUAUUGAUUAAAAGAUAAUAUUUGGAAAUUAAUAAAAUUUUGGGGGGAUUACUUUUGGUAGCCUGUAACAGAUUGAUUUUACAUGCAUCUCAGUGGUAAAUGCUGCUUAGGAUCUCGCACACUCAGAAUCAAUUAUGUUAAAAAAAACAGGCUGCCACUGCAUUCCAAAAUCUGGGAAAAAAAAAUCCAGAGCACUCCAGGUUCUGAGUAUUCCUAAUAACUGGUUUUCAACCAUUAGUGAUAUUAAAUUCUGCAAUUACAUAUCUGUAUAUAAGCACACCCACAAAAAGUGUUAAAACCGAAAGCAAAAUCAACAGAUAGAAACCGCUGUCUGGCACCUCAGUGGUGAUCCUUGUCUUCAAUUUCACGGCUCUCUGUAAUGUUAAAUCUUUAUUCUUGCAAUCCUACUCCAACAUGAAAUUCAAUUGAGGUGUGUAUGGAAAAUCAUCUAUUAUGGAAAAUAGGCAAAUCAGCUCAUGGAUUAGUCAAGUAUUAAAAUAUGUUGAAAAUUUUAACAGGAAAUUUUCAAAAAUAACUUUGGGAAAGGAAUGUCUUCAAUGCUGGGAAAUAUGAUAUUCACUACCUCUUUUUUUAUUUACAGUACUUCUGAUGGACUUAUUUUUAAUUAGUCAUCAUAUUAUGAUACAAAAUUAAUUAAAAUAUCAUAAGUUUUUCAGCAAUGAUGGUCAAUCAUAUAUGUAAAAAAUAAAUACAUGUAUACUAUAUUAUAUAAUUUUUUGCAUUGCAUCUAGUCAACCUCUCAUCAUAUUUUCAAUACUAUAUUUUUAUUGUUUUUAGUUUCAUGCUUUUCUUAAGUCAUGAACAUCUAUAAAGUAUAGUGGGUCAACAAAUUUAUAUGAUGUUUUAAGACUUGUUUAAUGAACAUCGUCUCUGUGGCUGCCACUUUUUUAUAUUGAGUAGCUAGUGGCCUGACUAAUAAAACUAUAAAAAGUAUUGAUAUAUAAAUCUGGCAUUCCUCAGUCAGUUUCUCUGUUUGAAAUGAAGUUUAUUUAGAAGACAAAAUUUCCUGAUAUGUUAUUUAAUGAUGCACAAAAAAAGGUAUAUGGAAUAGUUCAAUUUAAUGUAAAAUAUUUAGUUGGAGUAAUGUACUAAAGCUGUGGCAAAACACGAUGCUGCCGAUUGUAGCAAUGAAUACAUACUGUUAUUUUCUAAGCAGCAACUUAAUUUAUAUAACAGUAAUGCCUAUGUUUGUUGUAAUAAAUGUAUUUGAAAGAC